AUGAUAUAUUUGGAAUUAUUUUUUUGUAUAGUUCUGCUUCUAUUUAAUAAGAAUAAAUAUAAUGUUAACAAUUUAAACUUAAAAAAAAAAAAAAACGCUCAUCCGAAUAUAGUUGUACAGGUGAGCAAAAGGAAUGGUAUAAAAAAAUAUAGCUAUGAUAAAUUAACUUUUCUCUUUUUUAAAAAUUUCAAAAAAUGGGAUGAAAAUAAAACAAAAAAGAAAGAACGAAUAUAUUUUGAAAGAAAUGGAAUAAAUGUGCCUCAAGAUAUAGCUAUGUUUGGAAAAACAAAUGUGUAUUACAUAAGAGAAAGUAUUUAUAAUAAGGAUCAAAACAAUUUAGUACCAAAUGAAAUAGAUGCGCAGUGCAUAGAAGAACUUGAUGAUAUGGAAGCAGUUAACGACCCCUUAACAAGGGGAAGUAUUAGCACUUCCGGUGGUAGCAGUACAGGUGAUGCUCAAAACACGUCCAGUUAUGUGAAGGAGUAUAGCGGUAGUGCCAGUAGUGGUAAUAGUAGCAGUGAUGGUACUAGUAAUAGUAGCAUUGAUGAGAAGAGUGCUCGUAGCACAGGGCAGCGUGACUUGUCCCAUAACAGCUCAGAUCACAAGCAAGAUAAUAGGCAGAACAACAUCUUUAGCUACUUGAAUAAAGAAAGAGAUUACAUUACGCAAGUAGGUAAUUCCCCCAAAGUAGAUGUUUAUGAAAGAAGAUAUAAAGCCGAUGUAAAAACAAUAAACAGAAUUUUUGAAAAUAUAAAUGAAGUAAAUAUACAAUUAUUAAAGGACAUAAAAAGUAUAGAUGAAAAAGAAAAAAUUAUUAACAAGAAAGUAAUAGAAAAAGUAAGGGAAGACAUCAAAAAAUAUCAAGAAACAAAUGAAAUUAUGGAUAUGAAAGGUAAUAUUAUAAAACCAUCUAGUGAGAAUAAAAAUAAAGGGAAAACUGAAUCAAAAGAUAAAGGUAAUACAUCCUAUACGGAUAUGGAUGAAGAGGAAAAAAACGAAGUUAUUAAAAAAUUAUAUAUGAUUGAUAAAAAAACAGAUAAAUAUUUAGAAGAAAAUGUUUAUUUUGUUUUACAAAGUUGGCUACCAGAUAUAAGAAUUGAUGAUACUCUAAUAAUUAUAGAUAAUAUUGAAAAAUUUUACAACGAUUUUGAUAUAUCAAAAUAUUAUGAAAAAUUUAAAGAAAUAAAAAAUAGAAAUUUCUCCUAUGAUUUAAACUCAUACGAAAUUGAAAAUGUUCCAAGAAAUAUAAACGAUGAUACAGAAAUAGAAUGUGAACAUAUUCGUUCCUAUAAUAAUACAUAUAACAAACUAAACUAUUACAAUUUAAAAAAAUAUUCAUAUACCUAUUCCACGAAUGAUAAUAUGGAUACGACAUUUAAGAAAAAUGAACCGAUGCCACCUAUUGUUAUUAUUAACACGAAAAAAAAUUAUAUGGUUCAAGAAUGGGAAUGCAAAAAUUUCAAAAAUAGACAAAAAAGAAAUAAAGCACAUGAAUUUACAAGAUUACAAAGAGCAUUCAGGCCAUUCUCUUAUGUAGAUUUAAGUGAUAUUAGUUGCAUUUAUAGAAACAAUUUUCUUCAGUUAAAAAUGAAAUUAUCGCACAGAAAAUAUGUAAAUGAUGUUUAUCCCUAUUUUGUUCCUAUUAAUAAAAAUUCAAAUGAACAAUUAUUUGAUUUUAAUGGGUAUAAGAAAAAUGGAGAUUAUGCUUGGUCCUUUUUUUGGCAUAAUUUUAAGUAUGAUCCAGAUACUGAUUACAGCUUUUUAAAUAAAAAUGUUAAAUUGAAUUUAACUGAAACCAAAUUUGAAGACGUUAAUAAAAAGAAAUCGAUAAAAAUUAUGAAAAAAAUUUCAAAAGAAAGAAAGGGUAAAUAA